AUGGUAUUCCAGAAUGUCCCUCCAGAUCUCUCUAUCUGUACCUUUGUGUUGGAGCAAUCCCUGUCUGUUCGGGCUCUUCAAGAGAUGCUGGCAAACAAUGAGGAGAAAGCAGAAGGGGCAACUCAAGGAGGAGGCCAUCGGACCCUCCUGUAUGGACAUGCAGUGUUGCUCAGACAUUCCUACAGUGGAAUGUAUCUCUGUUGUUUGUCCACCUCUCGAUCCUCAACAGACAAACUAGCCUUUGACGUUGGAUUACAGGAAGAUACAACAGGGGAAGCGUGCUGGUGGACUAUACACCCUGCAUCUAAACAACGUUCGGAAGGUGAAAAGGUACGGGUGGGAGAUGACCUUAUCUUAGUCAGCAUUUCGUCAGAGCGGUACCUGCAUUUGUCAUAUGGCUGUAGCAGUUUACAUGUUGAUGCCGCAUUCCAGCAAACUCUCUGGAGUGUUGCUCCAAUUUGCUCUGGAAGUGAAGUAGCACAAGGAUACCUAAAAGGAGGAGAUGUGCUGCGGUUACUGCAUGGACACAUGGAUGAAUGUUUGACUGUGCCUUCAGGAGAACUCGGAGAAGAACAGCGGAGGACAGUUCAUUAUGAAGGCGGAGCAGUGUCCAUUCAUGCUCGAUCACUGUGGAGGCUGGAGAUGCUGAGGGUCGCGUGGAGUGGAAGCCAUAUCAGGUGGGGUCAGCCAUUCCGACUGAGACAUGUUACAACAGGGAAGUACUUGAGCCUCAUUGAUGAGAAAGGCCUUCUUCUAAUGGGCAAAGAAAAAGCUGAUGUAAAAAGCACAGCUUUCUGCUUCAGAUUGUCCAAGGAAAAACUGGAUACAGGAAUAAGAAAAGAGGUGGAUGGAAUGGGAUCCCCAGAGGUUAAAUAUGGAGAUUCAGUGUGCUUUAUUCAGCACCUAGACACUGGACUUUGGCUCACCUAUCAGUCUGUAGAUGCAAAAUCAGCUCGGAUGGGAACUGCUCAACGUAAAGCCAUAAUGCAUCACGAAGGCCACAUGGAUGAUGGCUUAACUCUCUCACGCUCUCAGCAUGAAGAAUCAAGGACAGCACGGGUUAUCCGCAGCACAGCUUUUCUCUUCAACAGGUUUAUUAGGGGCCUUGAUACUCUCAAUAAAAAAGGGAAGUCCACAGCCAUCGAUUUGCCCAUUGAGUCAGUUAGCCUGAGCUUGCGGGAUCUGAUUGGUUACUUUCAGCCACCUGAUGAACAUCUGGAACAUGAAGAACGACAGAACAGAUUGCGAGCAUUGAAGAACAGACAAAAUCUCUUCCAGGAAGAGGGAAUGAUUAACUUAGUUCUUGAGUGCAUUGAUCAUCUCAACGUGUACAGCAGUGCAGCUCAUUUUACAGAUGUAGCCGGGAAGGAAGCAGGAGAGUCAUGGAGAGCAAUUCUAAAUUCUCUGUAUGAGCUACUUGCUGCCCUGAUCAGAGGCAAUCGCAAAAACUGUGCCCAAUUUUCUGGUUCCUUGGACUGGUUAAUAAGCAGACUAGAGAGAUUAGAAGCUUCUUCUGGAAUUCUUGAAGUUUUGCACUGUGUUCUUGUGGAAAGUCCUGAAGCUUUGAAUAUUAUCAAAGAAGGGCACAUUAAGUCUAUAAUUUCCUUGCUAGAUAAACAUGGAAGGAAUCAUAAGGUUUUAGAUGUGUUGUGCUCUCUGUGUGUGUGUCACGGAGUUGCUGUGCGAUCUAACCAGCAUCUAAUUUGUGACAACCUGCUACCAGGAAGAGACCUACUGUUACAAACACGACUCAUCAACCAUGUCAGCAGUAUGCGACCAAAUAUCUUUCUGGGAAUAAGUGAAGGUGCUGCCCAAUACAAGAAGUGGUACUAUGAAUUAAUCGUGGACAAUAUUGACCCCUUUGUGACAACAGAAGCUACACAUCUUCGAGUUGGCUGGGCUUCAACAGAUGGUUACUCACCGUGCCCUGGAGGGGGUGAGGGAUGGGGAGGGAAUGGCGUUGGAGAUGACCUUUACUCCUAUGGAUUUGAUGGACUCCACUUAUGGGCAGGCUGUGUUGCCCGAACGGUAAAUUCACCAAAUCAGCACCUCCUAAAAGCUGAUGAUGUUAUCAGCUGUUGUCUGGAUUUAAGCGCUCCAAGCAUUUCCUUCCGAAUUAAUGGGCAACCAGUACAGGGGAUGUUUGAAAACUUCAACACUGAUGGGCUCUUCUUUCCUGUGGUCAGCUUCUCUACAGGAGUAAAAGUCCGUUUUUUGCUUGGCGGUCGUCAUGGGGAGUUUAAGUUCCUGCCACCUCCAGGUUAUGCUCCUUGUUUUGAAGCCUUGCUUCCGAAAGAGAAGAUGAGGGUGGAACACACUAACGAAUACAAACAAGAUCAUAAUGGUGUCAGGGACCUCCUUGGCCCUAACAUCUCACUCACUCAAGCUGCCUUUACACCAAUGCCUGUGGGUACAUCUCAGAUUGUACUCCCACCUCACCUGGACCGAGUUCGAGAAAAGCUAGCAGAAAACAUCCAUGAGCUCUGGGUGAUGAACAAAAUUGAGCUUGGCUGGACAUAUGGGCCGAUCCGGGAUGACAACAAACGGCAACAUCCUUGUCUGGUGGAAUUCUCCAAAUUACCAGAACAGGAACGAAAUUACAAUUUGCAGAUGUCACUUGAAACCCUGAAGACCCUUAUGGCUUUGGGUUGCCAUGUAGGCAUUACUGAUGACCAGGCAGAAGAAAAGGUGAAGAAACUAAAGCUUUCCAGGAACUACCAGCUGCCAAGUGGCUACAAGCCAGCUCCGAUGGACCUGAGCCACAUCAAAUUAACCUCAACCCAGGAGGCAAUGGUGGACAAACUGGCGGAGAAUGCUCACAAUGUCUGGGCCAGAGAUCGCAUCAGACAAGGCUGGACGUACGGCAUUCAGCAGGACAUCAAAAACAGAAGAAACCCUCGUCUGGUUCCAUAUACCCUUUUGGAUGAACGCACCAAAAAGUCCAACAAAGACAGUCUGCGUGAAGCAGUUCGGACACUUCUUGGCUAUGGAUAUAAUUUGGAGGCACCAGACCAGGACCAUGCUGCAAGAUCUGAUCUGCUGAGCAGCGUGGCUGAGAGGUUCCGCAUUUUCCGAGCUGAGAAAACCUAUGCAGUGAAAAGUGGGAAGUGGUACUUUGAAUUUGAAGCAGUUACUGCUGAAGAUAUGCGCGUUGGCUGGACCAGACCAGGCUGUCGCCCAGAUCAGGAGCUGGGGACAGAUGACCAGUCCUUCGUUUUUGAUGGUUUCAAGGCACAACGGUGGCACCAGGGCAACGAGCACUUUGGCCGUUCAUGGCAGGCCGGGGAUGUUGUAGGCUGCCUGGUCGAUAUGAACGAGUACACCAUGACAUUCACUCUGAACGGGGAGGUUCUGCUGGAUGACUCGGGAUCUGAACUCGCGUUCAAGGACUUUGAAGUUGCAGAUGGUUUUAUUCCAGUAUGUAGUCUGGGGCUCUCUCAAGUUGGCAGAAUGAACUUUGGCAAUGAUGUUGGCACCCUGAAGUACUUCACCAUUUGUGGGCUGCAAGAAGGAUAUGAGCCCUUUGCUGUGAACAUGAACAGAGACAUCACAAUGUGGUUUAGUAAACGGUUACCUCAGUUUGUACCUGUACCUGCAAACCACGAACAUGUUGAGGUGACACGAAUAGAUGGCACUGUUGACAGCUCGCCCUGCUUGAAAGUCAUACAGAGGUCAUUUGGAUCUCAAAACAGUAACACAGACAUUGCUUUCUAUCGUCUGAGCAUGCCCAUUGAAUGUGCAGAAGUGUUCUGCAAGGUGUCCAUUGGUGGUUUGGCAAAUACCAAUAUCCUACCUCAGAAAAAUGAAAUUGAAGAUUUUGAUGCAGACUCUGAUUUUGAAGUUUUGAUGAAAACAGCACAUGGACAUCUAGCCUCAGCCACAGCAGAAAAAGAGAAAGAAAGUGCCAAAACAGAGUUCAACAACCAUAAGGAUUACAAUCAGGAAAAACCUUCUCGUUUGAAACAGAGGUUUAUGUUAAAAAGGACGAAACCUGAUUAUAACUUGGCUCACUCUUCACCUCGACUUACGGAGGAGGUACUGGCAGAGGACAGGGAUGAUUAUGACUUUCUGAUGCAGACAACAACAUACUAUUAUUCUGUGAGAAUAUUUCCUGGUCAGGAGCCAACUAAUGUGUGGGUCGGUUGGGUUACCUCAGAUUUUCAUCAGUAUGACGCUGCGUAUGAUCUGGAGAAGGUUCGCACUGUGACGGUAACACUAGGAGAUGAGAAAGGAAAAGUUCAUGAAAGUGUCAAGCGAAGCAAUUGCUACAUGGUGUGGGCAGGAGAAAGCACAAGCCCUGGACAGAGCCGUAAUAACAAUGGGCUGGAAAUAGGCUGCCUAGUGGACACUGCCAGUGGCUUAUUGACAUUCACAGCCAAUGGCAAGGAAUUAAAUACUUAUUAUCAGGUGGAACCAAGCACAAAACUGUUUGCAGCAGUAUUUGCACAAGCCACAAGCCCCAAUGUGUUCCAAUUUGAACUCGGAAGAGUUAAGAAUGUAAUGCCCCUGUCAGCUGGAUUGUUUAAAAGUGAGCGCAGGAAUCCAACACCACAGUGUCCUCCUCGGCUUCAUGUGCAACACCUUACCCCUGUGCUGUGGAGCAGGGUGCCAAAUGAAUUCUUAAAGGUGGACAUCAGUCGUGUUAGUGACCGCCAUGGAUGGCAGGUGCAAUGUACAGAACCAUUAAGAUUCAUGUCUUUACAUAUUCCUGAAGAGAACAGGGCUUUGGAUAUCUUGGAACUCACAGAGCAUGAGGACCUGCUGAAAUUUCACUACCAUACCUUGCGUUUGUAUUCCGCAGUUUGUGCUCUGGGUAAUAACCGAGUGGCCCAUGCCCUGUGCAGCCAUGUGGAUGAGUCUCAAUUGCUGUACGCGAUAGAAAAUAAAUAUGUACCUGGUUUGCUGCGGACAGGUUAUUAUGAUCUACUCAUUGACACUUACCUUAGCACCUACGCCACUGCUAGGCUGAUGAUGAACAAUGAGUUCAUUGUUCCGAUGACAGACGAGACCAAGAGCAUUACUUUAUUCCCGGAUGAUAACCAAAGCCAUGCAGUCCCUGGAGUAGGCCUCAGCACCUCACUCAGGCCCAGAAUGCAGUUUUCCUCAGCCAGUUUUGUCACCGUGACUGGGGAGUCUUUCCAAUACAGCCCAGAAUUUCCGCUGGACAUCCUGAAGGCCAAAACAAUUGAGAUGUUGACAGAAGCCGUGCAGGAAGGCAGUCUCCAUGUCCGAGACCCAGUUGGCGGCACCACCGAGUUCCUUUUCGUCCCCCUGAUCAAGCUCUUUUACACACUCCUUAUCAUGGGUAUUUUUGGCAGUGAAGAUUUGAAGCAUGUUUUACAGCUCAUUGAGGCCAGUGUGUUUGCUGAAGAUACUCAGACGACAGAGGAAAAUGAAAUGAAUGAAAAGGAUAUAAGUAAAAAUGACCAAAAAACGGAAGGAGGUGAUGAAGAAUUCAAAAGCGACAAAGUUCCCCAAGAAGGUCUACUGCAGAUGAAACUCCCUGAGCCAGUUAAACUUCAGAUGUGCCACCUUUUGCAGUAUUUGUGUGACUGUCAACUACGACACAGGAUUGAAGCCAUUGUCGCCUUUUCAGAUGAUUUUGUACUAAAGCUUCAGGACAACCAAAGAUUCCGAUAUAACGAAGUGAUGCAGGCAUUAAACAUGUCUGCUGCAUUGACUGCCAAGAAAACGAAAGAAUUCCGAUCACCUCCACAGGAGCAGAUUAACAUGUUGCUGAGUUUCAAGAAUGACAGGCGAGAAUGCCCCUGCCCUGUAGAAAUCCGUGAAGAGCUGUUGGAUUUCCAUGAAGACCUCAUGGCACAUUGUGGCAUUGAACUCGAAGAAGAAGAAGCGAAUAAUGAUGACAGUGAUUCUACAAUCAGAGGGCGACUUAUGAACUUGGUAGAAAAAGUGACCUACUUGAAGAAAAAGCGGGAAGAGAACCCGGUGGAACAGGAGACAAAGAAGCCCACUACUCUACAGCAGUUGAUCUCUGAGACCAUGGUACGAUGGGCCCAGGAGUCAGUGAUUGAAGACCCAGAGUUAGUUCGGGCCAUGUUUGUGCUGUUGCAUCGGCAGUAUGAUGGCAUUGGUGAGCUGGUUCGUGCUUUACCCAAGACAUAUACAAUAAAUGGAGUGUCCGUGGAGGAUACAAUCAACUUGCUUGCUUCACUGGGCCAAAUCAGAUCUCUUCUAAGUGUCAGAAUGGGUAAAGAAGAGGAGAAGUUGAUGAUCCGUGGGCUUGGGGACAUCAUGAAUAACAAAGUAUUUUACCAACACCCAAAUCUAAUGAGAGCUCUGGGGAUGCAUGAGACGGUGAUGGAGGUGAUGGUGAAUGUGCUUGGAGGUGGAGAGUCCAAGGAAAUUAUCUUCCCAAAGAUGGUCGCCAAUUGUUGCCGUUUCCUGUGCUAUUUCUGUCGAAUUAGCAGGCAAAAUCAAAAAGCCAUGUUUGACCACUUAAGCUAUUUAUUGGAAAACAGCAGUGUUGGAUUAGCUUCUCCUUCAAUGCGAGGGUCUACUCCUUUGGAUGUUGCAGCAGCAUCUGUAAUGGACAACAAUGAACUUGCCUUAGCAUUGCGAGAGCCCGACUUAGAGAAAGUUGUUCAAUAUUUAGCUGGCUGUGGCCUCCAGAGCUGCGCUAUGCUAGUUGCCAAGGGUUACCCAGAUAUUGGGUGGAAUCCUGUGGAAGGGGAGCGGUAUCUGGAUUUUCUCCGGUUUGCAGUAUUUUGCAACGGCGAGAGUGUGGAAGAGAAUGCCAAUGAGGUUGUAAGGUUGUUGAUACGUCGCCCCGAGUGCUUUGGCCCAGCUCUGAGAGGAGAAGGUGGGGACGGGCUUCUCGCUGCUAUGGAGGAAGCUAUAAAGAUCUCUGAAGAUCCAGCAAGAGAUGGCCUGUCAUCAACUGAUGAAUCUAGUAGAAGGCUAGACCUUGAAGAAGAGGAAGAUGACACCAUUCACAUGGGGAAUGCUAUCAUGACCUUCUAUUCUGCUUUAAUUGAUUUAUUGGGUCGUUGUGCGCCAGAGAUCCAUCUCAUUAAUGCAGGCAAAGGGGAGGCAAUCCGAAUUAAAUCCAUUCUCCGUUCAUUGAUUCCGCUGGAAGACUUGGAAGGAGUUGUCAGCAUUCCCUUCCAGAUGCCAACAGUUGCGAAGGAUGGCACGGUUGUGGAGCCGGACAUGUCAGCAGGAUUCUGUCCAGAUCACAAAGCCGCCAUGGUUUUAUUCCUGGAAAGGGUAUACGGAAUCGAAGAGCAAGAUUUCCUUUUACAUCUGCUGGAAGUUGGCUUUUUGCCAGACCUCCGUGCUGCUGCCUCGCUGGACACGGCUGCCUUGAGUGCUACAGAUAUGGCAUUGGCACUGAAUCGAUACCUGUGCACUGCUGUUCUGCCACUGUUAACCAAGUGUGCCCCACUUUUUGCUGGUACAGAACAUCAUGCGUCUCUUAUUGAUUCCUUAUUGCACACUGUCUACAGGCUGUCUAAAGGGUGCUCCCUCACUAAGGCCCAGAGGGAUGCCAUUGAGGAGUGCUUACUAGCAAUCUGUGGCCAAUUACGACCAUCCAUGAUGCAGCACUUGUUGAGGAGAUUGGUGUUUGAUGUCCCCUUGCUGAACGAACAUGCAAAGAUGCCUCUGAAAUUAUUAACUAAUCACUAUGAAAGGUGUUGGAAGUAUUACUGUCUUCCUGGAGGUUGGGGUAGCUUUGGAGCAACUUCAGAAGAGGAACUUCAUCUCUCCAGGAAGUUGUUCUGGGGGAUUUUUGAUGCCCUGUCCCAGAAGAAAUAUGAACCAGAGUUAUUUAAGUUAGCUUUGCCCUGUUUGAGCGCUGUUGCAGGGGCCCUGCCUCCAGAUUACAUGGAAUCCAACUAUGUGGCAAUGAUGGAGAAACAAUCGUCAGUGGAUACUGAAGGAAAUUUCAACCCGCAACCCGUAGAUACUUUAAGUACAACCCUGCCGGAAAAGUUGGAUUAUUUUGUUAACAAAUAUGCAGAACACAGUCAUGACAAGUGGGCAAUGGACAAGUUUGCAAAUGGAUGGGUGUAUGGUGAAACAUGCAAUGAAGCUGCCAAGGUUCAUCCUUUGCUAAAACCAUUCAAACUUCUAUCUGAAAAGGACAAAGAAGUGUAUCGUUGGCCAAUAAAGGAGUCUCUAAAAACAAUGGUUGCCUGGAGUUGGACAAUUGCGCGAACGAGAGAAGGUGAAUCCAUGGUCCUAUAUAACAGAACACGCCGAAUAUCUCAGUCAAGUCAGGUUUCUGUAGAUUCUGCACAUGGGUACAGCCCAAGGCCUAUUGACAUGAGCAAUGUUACGCUUUCUAGGGACCUGCAUGCAAUGGCAGAGCUACUAGCAGAGAACUAUCAUAAUAUCUGGGCUAAAAAAAAGAAAAAUGAAUUGGAAGUUAAAGGAGGAGGAAACCACCCUUUGUUGGUGCCCUAUGAUACACUGACGGCGAAGGAGAAAGCCAGAGACCGAGAGAAAGCCCAGGAAAUCCUCAAGUUUCUUCAGAUCAAUGGUUAUGCAGUCUCAAGGGGUUUUAAAGAGAUGGAGUUGGAUACCCCUUCCAUUGAAAAAAGAUUUGCUUACAGCUUCCUGCAACAGCUCAUCAAAUAUGUUGAUCAGGCUCAUGAUUACAUAUUGCAGUUUGAUCUUUGUUCCACAAGUAAAGGAGAAAAAUUUGUGCAUGAGCAGGAAGUCAAGUUCUUUGCUAAGGUCGUUCUACCUCUGAUUGAUCAAUAUUUUAAGAACCACCGCCUGUAUUUCCUGUCUACUGCGAGUAACCCUCUCAGUAGUGGAGGCCAUGCAUCUAACAAGGAAAAGGAGAUGGUAACAAGCCUCUUCUGCAAACUUGGAGUGCUUGUCAGACAUAGGAUAUCACUGUUUGGGAAUGACGCCACAUCAAUUGUAAACUGUCUUCACAUAUUGGGCCAGACUUUGGAUGCCAGAACGGUGAUGAAGACUGGCCUGGAGUCUGUUAAGUUGGCUCUACGAGCCUUUUUUGAAAAUGCGGCAGAAGAUUUGGAAAAGACCAUAGAGAACCUUAAACUUGGUCAAUUCACUCACACCAGGACACAGCCAAAGGGAGUGACCCAGAUCAUCAAUUACACUACAGUGGCACUGCUACCAGUCUUGUCAUCAUUGUUUGAACACAUUGGACAGCACCAGUUUGGAGAAGAUCUGAUCUUGGAUGACGUACAAGUUUCUGGUUACAGAAUAUUAAGCAGCUUAUAUGCAUUGGGUACAGGGAAAAGCAUAUAUGUAGAAAGGCAGCGACCAGCAUUAGGGGAAUGUCUGGCAGCAUUGGCUGGAGCCUUUCCAGUUGCAUUCCUAGAAACUGACUCGAAUAAACACAAUCCAUUCUCGAGCUACAACACGAAGACACCGAAAGAUCGAGCAGCUUUGAAGUUACCGGCCAAAGUGGAAGAUAUGUGCCCCAAUAUUCCUUCUCUGGAAAGACUACUGGAUGAGAUCAUGGAGCUGACAGAAUCUGGGAUACGCUACACUCAGAUGCCCCAUGUGAUGGAAGUCAUUUUACCCAUGUUGUGCAGCUACAUGUCCCAUUGGUGGGAACAUGGGCCAGAGAAUAACCCUGAGAAGGCAGAGCAGUGUUGCACUGCUCUCACCUCCGAACACAUGAACACCCUUCUGGGCAACAUUCUGAAGAUAAUAUCUAACAACUUGGGCAUCGAUGAAGGAGCCUGGAUGAAAAGAUUAGCAGUGUUCUCACAGCCAAUUAUCAGCAAAGUGAAACCACAGCUCCUUAAAACACACUUCCUGCCUCUGAUGGAGAAGCUGAAAAAGAAAGUGGCCACCGUGGUGAUGGAAGAGGAACACCUUAAAUCAGAGGGCAGAGGAGACAUGUCUGAGGCUGAGCUGCUAAUUCUGGAUGAAUUUACUGUGCUCACCCGAGAUCUUUAUGCUUUCUACCCACUACUGAUCAGAUUUGUGGAUUAUAACCGCGCAAAAUGGCUCAAAGAACCAAAUCCUGAAGCAGAGGAGCUUUUCCGCAUGGUAGCCGAAGUAUUUAUCUACUGGGCAAAAUCUCACAAUUUUAAAAGAGAAGAACAGAACUUCGUGAUUCAGAAUGAAAUCAACAACAUGUCUUUCCUCAUUACUGAUACAAAGUCCAAGAUGUCAAAGGGAGGUGUGUCUGAUCAAGAGAGGAAGAAAUCAAAGAGGAAAGGAGAUCGCUAUUCUCUUCAAACUUCACUCAUUGUUGCAGCGUUGAAGAGACUGCUGCCUAUUGGGUUAAAUAUUUGUGCACCUGGUGACCAGGAAUUAAUCUCGUUAGCUAAAAAUAGAUUUAGUAUGAAAGAUACGGAAGAUGAAGUUAGAGAAAUAAUUCGCAAUAAUCUUCACCUUCAGGGGAAAUUGGAAGAUCCUGCCAUUAGGUGGCAGAUGGCCCUUUACAAAGAUCUACCUAACAGGAAUGAAGCUUCAUCUGAUCCAGAGAAAACAGUGAUACGUGUGCUGGAUAUUGCCAAUGUGAUCUUCCACUUGGAGCAGGUGGAGCAUCCCCAGAGAUCUAAAAAGGCUGUCUGGCACAAGCUGCUGUCAAAGCAACGUAAACGAGCAGUUGUGGCCUGCUUCCGGAUGGCUCCACUCUAUAAUUUACCACGGCACCGAGCUGUCAAUCUCUUCCUUCAAGGCUAUGAAAAGUCCUGGAUUGAGACUGAGGAACAUUAUUUUGAAGACAAGCUAAUAGAGGAUAUAGCUAAACCAGGGGAUGAAAAACCAGUGGAUGAAGAGGAGGGAACCAAACGCCUUGACCCUCUUCACCAACUUAUUCUACUUUUCAGUCGGACAGCUUUAACUGAAAAAUGCAAUCUCAAAGAAGAUUUCCUCUACAUGGCUUAUGCUGACAUUAUGGCAAAGAGCUGUCAUGUGGAAGAAGAUGAGGAUGGUGAGGAAGAAGUCAAAAGCUUUGAAGAGAAGGAAAUGGAGAAGCAAAAGCUUCUUUAUCAGCAAGCGAGACUCCACGACCGAGGAGCUGCUGAGAUGGUUCUGCAGAUGAUCAGCGCCAGCAAAGGGGAGAUGGGACCAAUGGUUGCAUCCACUCUAAAGCUUGGGAUUGCUAUUCUAAAUGGUGGAAACUCAACAGUUCAACAGAAAAUGCUGGACUGUCUAAAAGAGAAGAAGGAUGUAGGUUUCUUUCAGAGUCUCGCUGGCCUCAUGCAGUCUUGCAGUGUACUUGAUCUAAAUGCAUUUGAACGCCAAAACAAAGCAGAAGGGCUUGGCAUGGUGACAGAAGAGGGAUCAGUCAUCACUCAUGAGCGCGGUGAGAAGGUGAUGCAGGAUGAUGAGUUUACGUGUGAUCUCUUUCGAUUUCUCCAGCUGCUCUGUGAAGGUCACAACUCAGAUUUCCAGAAUUAUCUACGAACCCAGACGGGCAACAACACAACAGUCAAUAUCAUCAUUUCAACUGUGGACUACCUCUUGAGAGUUCAGGAAUCAAUCAGUGACUUCUACUGGUUUUAUUCUGGGAAGGACAUCAUUGAUGAACAGGGACAGCGCAAUUUCUCGAAGGCAAUCAAUGUGGCAAAGCAAGUGUUCAACACACUUACUGAGUACAUUCAGGGCCCCUGCACUGGGAAUCAACAAAGUCUGGCACAUAGCAGACUAUGGGAUGCAGUGGUUGGCUUUCUUCACGUGUUUGCCCAUAUGCAAAUGAAACUGUCCCAGGAUUCUAGCCAAAUUGAGCUGCUGAAGGAGUUGAUGGACCUUCAGAAGGAUAUGGUCGUUAUGCUGCUUUCAAUGCUGGAAGGUAAUGUCGUCAAUGGAACUAUUGGCAAGCAGAUGGUGGACAUGUUGGUAGAGUCUUCAAACAAUGUAGAAAUGAUCCUCAAAUUCUUUGACAUGUUCCUUAAGCUAAAGAACCUCACAUCAUCUGAUGCAUUCAAAGAAUAUGAUCCUGAUAGCAAAGGUCUAAUCACCAAAAGGGACUUCCAGAAGGCCAUGGAGAGUCAUAAACACUACACACAGUCAGAAACUGAAUUCCUACUCUCCUGUGCAGAGACUGACGAGAACGAGAUGCUAGAUUAUGAAGAGUUUGUUGAAAGAUUUCAUGAACCUGCAAAAGACAUUGGUUUCAAUGUUGCAGUGCUACUGACCAACUUGUCGGAGCACAUGCCCCAUGAUACUCGCCUGCAGACCUUCCUGGAGUUGGCAGAGAGUGUUCUCAACUAUUUUCAGCCUUUUCUUGGCCGUAUAGAGAUUAUGGGAAGUGCCAAACGGAUUGAGAGAGUCUACUUUGAGAUCAGUGAAUCCAGCAGGACACAGUGGGAGAAGCCACAAGUAAAGGAAUCUAAGAGACAAUUCAUCUUCGACGUUGUGAAUGAAGGAGGAGAGAAAGAAAAGAUGGAACUGUUUGUGAAUUUCUGUGAAGACACUAUCUUUGAAAUGCAGUUAGCUGCACAGAUCUCGGAGUCAGAUUCCACUGAGAGGUCUGUGAGUAAAGAGGAGACACAAAAGGAUAAAAUGGAGGAAGAAGAUCCCAAAAUGAACUUUUUCUCCAUGACAACAAUUAGAUCUGCCUUAAUGGCUCUCAGGUAUAAUGUGAUGAUUCUCAUGAAGUUGCUCACAACUAAAAGCCUCAAAAAACAGAUGAAGAAAAUUAAAAAAAUGACAAUGAAGGACAUGGUUAUGACCUUGUUUGCUUUCUAUUGGAGUUUAUUGAUUGGGUUCUCCCAUUUUGUAUUUAGUGUUUUCCGUGGAUUCUUCCGCAUCAUGUAUAGCACUUUCUUGGGGGGCAGCCUUGUUGAGGGAGCCAAGAAGAUCAAAGUUACAGAACUUUUAGCCAACAUGCCAGAUCCAACACAUGAUGAGGUACGAGGUGAACUUGGAGAAGGAGAGGGGAAAGUUACACAAUCAACCCUGCCUUCAGAAGACUUGACUGACCUAACGGCUAUCACCGAGGAGAGUGACUUCCUGUCUGAUAUCUUUGGUUUAGACUUACGACGUGAGGGAGGCCAAUACAAACUAAUACCACACAAUCCCAACGCUGGUGUGAGGGAUCUAAUUAGUCCACCUUACCUCACUGUUCCACUUCCAGAACUUCGAAGCAGCCAACAGGAGAAAACAAAGGAAGAUGAGACAAAUGAAAAAGAAGACCAUAAAGUUGAGUCAGAGAAAGCCGAAGGGGAGAAUGGAGAAAAAGAGGAAAAAAAUACAGAAAAGAAGUCCCGUCGACGAAGAAGAAGACAGCAACAUGCACAGAAAGUUGAAGAACCAGAAGUGCAAGAAUCUGCCUUCUGGAAGAAAAUUACAGCAUAUCAGCAGAAGCUACUUAAUUACUUUGCACGCAAUUUCUACAACAUGAGGAUGCUGGCAUUGUUUGUCGCCUUUGCAAUUAACUUCAUUCUCCUGUUCUAUAAGGUCUCCACUUCUCCAACCCUAGAAGAGAAAGAAUGUAAACACCCAGGAUACUAUCAGGAAGGUGGAGGUUCUCGAUGGAGCAGUAUGGGAAAUGGGCACAGGGUCACAGUGCAUUAUGUUCUCCAAGAAAGCAGUGGCUAUAUGGAACCCACCCUGCGAAUUCUAGCCAUCCUGCAUACUGUCAUCUCAUUUUUCUGCAUCAUUGGCUACUACUGUUUAAAAGUCCCUCUGGUUAUUUUCAAGAGAGAGAAAGAGGUUGCCAGGAAGUUGGAGUUUGAUGGGUUAUACAUCACAGAGCAACCUUCAGAGGAUGACAUCAAGGGACAAUGGGAUAGGCUGGUCAUAAACACACAAUCAUUUCCUUAUAACUACUGGGACAAGUUUGUGAAAAGAAAGGUUAUGGAUAAGUAUGGUGAAUUCUAUGGGAGAGAUAGGAUCAGCGAACUGCUGGGAAUGGAUAAAGCUGCUUUAGAUUUCAGUGAUGCUCAGGAGAAGAAGAAACCCAAGAGGGAUAACUCCUUCUCUGCAGUGCUGAACUCCAUUGAUGUCAAGUAUCAAAUCUGGAAGUUGGGAGUAGUAUUCACAGACAAUUCCUUCUUGUACCUUGCCUGGUACAUGACCAUGUCAGUGCUGGGACAUUAUAACAACUUUUUCUUUGCUGCCCAUUUGCUGGAUAUUGCAAUGGGAUUUAAAACAUUACGUACCAUCCUAUCAUCUGUGACACACAAUGGCAAACAGCUGGUAUUAACUGUGGGCUUAUUGGCCGUUGUGGUGUAUCUGUACACAGUGGUUGCUUUUAAUUUCUUUCGCAAAUUCUACAACAAAAGUGAGGAUGGAGACACGCCAGACAUGAAGUGUGAUGAUAUGCUGACGUGUUACAUGUUUCACAUGUACGUCGGUGUCCGUGCUGGUGGAGGUAUCGGUGAUGAGAUCGAAGACCCAGCUGGGGAUGAAUACGAAAUCUAUCGAAUUAUCUUUGAUAUCACCUUCUUCUUCUUUGUGAUCGUCAUCCUGUUGGCCAUCAUUCAAGGUCUAAUUAUUGAUGCUUUUGGUGAACUAAGAGAUCAGCAAGAGCAAGUUAAAGAAGAUAUGGAGACCAAGUGCUUCAUUUGUGGGAUUGGCAAUGACUACUUCGACACAGUCCCUCAUGGCUUUGAGACUCACACGCUGCAGGAGCAUAAUUUGGCAAAUUACCUGUUUUUCUUGAUGUAUCUAAUUAACAAAGAUGAAACAGAACACACCGGCCAGGAAUCCUACGUAUGGAAAAUGUAUCAGGAACGUUGCUGGGAAUUCUUCCCUGCCGGAGAUUGCUUCCGUAAGCAGUACGAGGACCAGCUCAACUGA